AUGGUGUUUCUGUUUGGGGUGAUGAAAUGUUUGAAAAUUGAUUGUGAUGAUGGUGGCACAACUUUUGUGAACACACUGAGAACAACUGAACUGCAUACUUUAAUUCUAUUUGUUUGUAACAUACAACUCUUUCUCAAAAGGCCAUCAAUUCUUGGUAGAAGAACAUAUUCACUGAAACCAUGGAUGAUUGCCCUUAUUAUUACAGCUGUUGUGUUGGUUCUAGCAGUAAUCAUCGGUCUCCCUGUUUAUUUUUUGGUAUUUGAUCAGAAGGUUCAUUAUUACCAAACUUCCUUCCAGAUCCCUAGUAUUGAAUAUAAUCCUGAUUUUUCAGUAGAACAUUCAAAAAAUAGGACAGACCUGAAACGAAAAAUCAGUAAUAAGAUAGAUGAGAUAUUUCAAAGAUCCAGUUUAAAUCAUCAUUACAUCAAGUCUCAUGUUUUCAAUGUUAGGCCAAGUAAUAAUGGUUUGAAAAUAAACGUAUUGCUCAAAUUUCAGUUUACCUCUAACAAUGCAGACACAAUAAAAAGAGAAGCUGAUAGCAUUUUGCAUCAGAAGUUGAAAUUAAAUGAAAGCUUCUUGAAGAUAGAUACUUCAUUGCCCUAUCUUAAAGCUAUGAAGAAUGUACAAGCAGAGCAUAUCCUGAACAGCUGUUGCGGUUUAGGGAGGGAGUUCCCAUCCAUGGAAAGAAUUGCCCAUGGUAGUGUUGCAAAGAAAGCUGAUUGGCCUUGGCAAGCCAGCCUGCAGGUUGAUGGCAUUCAUUUCUGUGGAGCCACUUUGAUUAGUGAGGUGUGGCUCCUGACUGCUGCUCAUUGCUUUGAUUCCUACGAAAACCCCAAGCGCUGGACAGCUAGCUUUGGAACAACUCUAAGCCCCCAACUAAUGAGACGAGAGGUGCAGUCGGUUGUCAUUCAUGAAGACUAUGCUGCCCAUAAGCACGACAAUGACAUCGCUGUGGUGAAGCUCUCCGCCCCUGUCAUAUUUUCGGAUGAGGUGCACAGAGUCUGUCUCCCAGAUGCUACUUUUGAAGCCUUGCCUGAGAGCAAAGUGUUUGUCACUGGAUGGGGAGCUCUAAAAGCAAACGGUCCCUUUCCCAAUACUCUGAGAGAAGUUGAAAUAGAGAUCAUAAGUAAUGAUAUCUGUAAUCAAGUUCAUGUAUAUGGUGGAGCUGUAUCAUCAGGAAUGAUAUGUGCUGGAUUCUUGAAAGGAAAACUAGAUGCCUGUGAAGGUGAUUCUGGGGGACCUCUGGUUAUAGCACGUGAUGGAAAUAUCUGGUAUCUUAUCGGAAUAGUAAGCUGGGGAAUGGACUGUGGAAAAGAAAACAAGCCUGGAGUCUAUACCAAAGUGACUCGUUAUCGGGACUGGAUUAAGUCUAAAACUGACAUCUAA